AUGGCGUCCGACGCUGAAAACAAGGAAAUCUUUGCUGAAUAUGUUGUAGAUGAAGAAAUCAUAGAGUUAUUAAAAUCAUUCAACUUUUCUUCAGCCAACGGUUACGACGUGGAAUCUUUAAAAAUAAUUAAACGAGAAGAAGUUGAAGCUGUGCUGCAGUCGCCUCUGUUGGCUGAGAGAACAAAAUGUCUCGAUGGUUUGAACAAAUGGCGUAUUGCACUAGGACUGUGUCCAGUUACUACUCCUCUAAAAAGCACGAAUCCGUCUAACAUAAAUAACCCUGAUUCUCCCAAAACCGAGUUGAGAAAUCUGCCCCGUAACCAAUGGACAGCACUAUCUUUGAUUAAGAGAUCCAAGAAAGGAAGGUACAUACUGGAAAACAUUAAUUCGACAAAAGCUUUAUCGAGAACGGGCCGCAAAUUUAUCACACAUCUCAUUAUUGAUGAAUUUGUUGAUGAAUUCGGGAAGCUGAAACAGGAGGAGUUGACAUUACGAUCAGAAGAAUUGAAACAUAUUUUUCCGUCGGUUGAUCAGUACGUGUGGUAUCAACCAAGAAUUAAGGUCGGUGAGAACGGCAAGAAAAUCAAAAUUAGCAAUACUGCAAAAGGUUGCCUAUACGACCGUAAUCACAAUUAUAAGCAAGUUCCGAAAUCCGCCGCAGCAUCGCCAGCCCUAGAUUUACCGUCAUCAAGCAGUACCCAACCGUUUGUUGAUCUAUUCACAGAAGAAUCAGUGAUCAAAUAUCAGGCCACAAAAAUUUGGUUCCGACAUCACCACGGCGAGUGGGACGAUGUAAAUAAGCGCUGGGAGGAAACUAGUGCUUUUCGUUUGCAAGAAAUCAGCCGGCUGGAAUCGGUCACUUACCAGAAGCUACUGGAUGAAUACCCGGUGCUGCGAAAUAGCAUUGGCUAUCAGUUGGUAAAACUGGAUUUCGGUUUCAAGUAUCCAACAAGAAGUAACCUACUAUACAGCAAUUUCGCGUUGUUUCGCUCACGAGCUAAAAGCAUUUUCCGCAACGAGGUGCCCAAGCAAAUGAAACCACUUUUGGUAUUACUGUUAAACGAAGUGCUAUCGGAAGGUUUUUAUUUAUCCAUAUUUGAAAAAUGUUUUACACUAGAGAGAAGCCAGAUAUAAUUACUAUCCUGUGAAAAAUGUAAAAAUAUAUAAAGAAAGAAUUUCUGUUUCUUUUUGUAGAUUCCAGAGAUUGCAUCGGCAUAUUGCUCCUGCUGUCAAUUUGGCCAAGUUCAUUAACACGUCUUCCUAACGGGAGGAGAUGAAAGCCCUCGCUGCAAGAAAGUCGUGAAAGUAGUAUUGUGCACUUAAGGACGCUGGCCGAUUAUGAAACAGAACUUUCCAGGAUUAGUAAACAAAAUCUUGACCGGAAGCUACCAGACUAUCCCGUGGUGGUAGUAGUUGGUGAUACAAUAAGUUGUGUCAACCAGUUUUUCGUCAACUAUAUUGACAUUUCCUACAAGGCGGAGACCUUCCUGAAAGCACUCGACAUUACGUUUAAAAUCUACAAGGCCUACAAUAUGAAUUUCCCCAGUGAAGCCAACGGUCCAUGGAAUUUUAUAGCCCAUCAUUUGUAUGAUUUUGAGCCAGUAGAAGAUAAAAACAAAGCAAGAAUCCUGACUCUUUCUGCAACUCUUCGUUACCAACUAACUUCAUAAUGAUUUCGUGCUUUAUCUCCGGUUGUCAAUGGAAGACUACUUGCCCGUCGCUUUUCGGAAUCCACCUGCGUAGAGUUCACGAACCUAUCGAUGUGUAUAGCUGCACCAUUUCUAAUUGCGGUAGACGAUUUAGUGUAAGGCCAUCCUUUAUUUCACAUAUAAAAAAACACAUUCGAAACCACGAUGUCAAAAACACCACUUAUAAUGAGGUUAGGUCAGAUGAUGAUAACGAAGA